UGACCUGGACAAAGGCAAAGCGGUGACUUUCCGAGCAACUCUCUGUCGGAAUGAGUUUGAACGAGCACUCGUUACAGGCUCUGUCCUGGAGGAAACUCUACCUGAGCCGAGCCAAGCUGAAGGCCACCAGCCGAACUUCGGCUCUGCUCUCCGGCUUCGCCAUGGUUGCUAUGGUGGAGGUCCAGUUGGAACCGGAGCAUGAGUAUCCUCCCGGGCUGCUCAUAGCCUUUAGUGCCUGCACCACAGUUCUGGUUGCAGUUCACCUCUUUGCCCUCAUGAUCAGCACCUGCAUCCUCCCUAACCUUGAGGCUGUCAGCAACGUUCACAACCUCAACUCUGUCCACGAGUCUCCCCACGAGCGGAUGCACCACCACAUAGAACUGGCCUGGGCUUUCUCCACAGUCAUCGGCACCCUCCUGUUCCUUACGGAGGUGAUGCUCCUGUGCUGGGUGAAGUUCUUACCCCUCAGAAGCAAAUCAGAAGUAAACGGCACCAUAAGUUCUGGCCAGGCUGCAGCCAUCGCCUCCACUUGCAUCAUGGUGCCGUUUGGAAUCGUCUUCAUUGUGUUCGCCGUCCACUUUUACCGCACGCUCGUUAGUCACAAGACGGACCGACAGAUCCGAGAGCUGGAGCAGGUCAUUCGGCUCCAGGACCAGCUGGACCACCGGCCGGACAACGAAGAGCUGAAGGCAGUUGCUAAUUUCCCUUGAUGACAGCCAGUCAGCACACAGCAGUACUUUUAUUUUGAAAUCUCCUCUUAUAGCUUUUGAUGAACUGUGCUCAGCUGUUUUUUCUGAAAUUGCCAGCCUUAUCUGUUCAGCAUUUCAGGUCAAUCCCCUUAUGGAUAAUGCAUGAUCACAGACAAACAAUGGCAGUAAAGUAAAAGUGCACUUCUUUUUCAGGCCAGAAAUUCUUUUCAGUGUUCAUGUGAAUUAAUUCCGUUGAAAAGGCUUUACCAGGGUCUUUUAUGUGGGGAGUUUGCAUGCUCUCCCCAUUAUUGCCUGAGUUUAUCUGGGUACACUGGUUAUCUUCCACUGUCCAAAGACAUGCUGGCUAAAUUAGUUGGCAAGUCCCUAAUUGCCAGUAGGUGUGAAUGGUCCUCUUCAUUAUCUUUACUGUGAUAGGCUGUCCAGGUACCCGACCUCUCACCCAACGAUUCUUAAAUGAUAAGCAGUCUAGUAAUGAAUGGAUAUUCAGUUUCAUUAGAAACUCUAUCUGCUGGCUUCAAAACCAAAGUUAUAGAACGAGUUGCAUCCUUAUCAAACAUGUAUUAGUGUUUUGGUUUGGUUGAUAUACUCAUGUUCAUCCUCACUGAAUUUAAUGCUUGCUCGUGAGAACCUUUUAUUUCCCCCUUGUUAUUGGUCGUGUCAGGGGUUUGCUGAUUUUCCCUUAUGUUUUUUUUUUUAGUCUACUGUACAAUUGGAAUUUUACCAUUUUUAUAAUAUAUUUAUAAUCUUUUUGAAGAUCUUUAUGCAAGAUCUUUAUUUAGGUUUAGGUCUUUAACAAUUAAAGCAAAUGUAAAGUAAAUGAAUGGCACUUACAGCAACCUUUAAAAUGCUACAGUGUUAUCUUUUUGUAAAAACUUUUGUUUUAGUACCACGAAGUACCAUUCGUUUACCCCCUUGCAUUUAUAAACAUAGGACCCAGAUUAAAAAAUACCAAAAUUGUGCUUAAAUGUUAACACCUACCAGUUUUUAUGUGCAAUAUGAGGCAACAGGGACAAUAUGCUGGUCAGGGAAAUUCUUUGCAAUGUGUGUUAUUGCUGUGAACUUAUUUUUAAAGCAAGAGUUAAAGUUAGGAAACAGUAAAUAUUAAAGGCAACAUUUUAUGCCGAUGGUUGUGUCAUUUUAGAACCAUUUUAUUCUUUCACAGCCUCUUUUGAAGUUCCAAAUGACUUCAAAUGGCUUUUUGCAAAUGUUGGUUAUAAAUAUGUAUGUUUUGUAGUUUGCAUAGUUUACAGACUUGAGCAUGUUCACACAUUGUUAAGGUUUAAAGUGUAGGAUAUAGGUUAUAUUCUUUUUGUCCUGUGGCACAUUGUUGAAUUGUUUUACUUUUCUUUUUGUCUUCAUUGAUGCCAAAACUCAAAUGAAGGAUUGUGAACUUUGAGAGUUGAACGGUGAUUUAUGCAUUGAGUCAUAUCCCUAAAUAUUAUAAAAUUAGUCAAAUCCCUCUUAACAUGAGUUGUAAUUAUAUAAGAAAACAUUGAAUCUUUAUUUUGGCUUUUGUCACAAUUUUGUGAUUUUGGACUCUUAACCAGAUGCUGUAUUUAAACCAAGUUAAUGAUGUGGUUUUUUGCAACAUCAGUUUUAGUCUUGGCACAGGCAUGAUGGUGAACACAAUACUGUGUUUCCGUGAAGUAUGCAAAUGAGUAAUAAAGGGUUAGAAACUUACUGGCUGAUUAGUAGAGAAAUUAUCACACUAUACCAAAUCAUUGUUGAUUAGGUUUGUUGAAGAUUUUUGGCCCAAAGAGUUAAAUAAAGACACACUUGCUGUCACUCUGAAGCACUUCUGAUGAGAAUGUUCUGCUCGUGGCUUCUUUACAAACAGAUCAAUCCAAACAAAAGCAUGUUUCUUUGUUACAUUUUUUUGUGGCUUAUUUAUUUAAAUAUUUUUUUGUUACUGUAUAUAAAGAGUUGUCUGGUUCUCUGCAUGCAUGGUUUUAAAAAGUGAAGUAUCUGUAGAUACUGUAUUUUAAGUUUAAGCAGCUGAAGAUGCUUUUCGGGAUUCUGUAUUCAGUUUCAAUAAAACACAACAUUUGAGAUAA